UACCUAACAUUUCUCCUGCCCCUUGGAGCUUCAUUGACUUCUUCACUGUGCUGGCUUUUAUCACUCUCGGGGCAUCUGGGCUCCCCCCAGGAAAGCCGGGCAUUCUGUAGCUGGCAAUGCUGGAGGGAGAGAUCAGAAUUCCUGGUGGCGCUCCUGUGGUUCCCAAAGGAAGGAGUGGAGAGCUGGCUUCUGGGAACUGUGAUUGGAACAAGGGGAAACCCAGUGAUCUUGUCCAGACAGCUGUCCUCUGACCCUUGCCCUCUGAAUGGGGCAGGGGCCCUGGUGCUCAAGGCAGAAGAAGAAGGGAGUGGUCAGGGAUGACUAUCCUAAUGGCUGCAUUAGUACCCCUGGGGAAUAUAACCUGCACCUCAAGUCCACAAAGAAGGGGAAGGAGAUCCAUAACCAAGCCCAGGAGGACUCUGGAAAGCUGGCAAACGCAGCCAACAGUGACCAGCUGGUGACAAGAAAUACUGUGGAGAAACAUCCACUUCAGAGAGGAGCAGGCAAAGGAAGAGGCCAGGCCAUCCCCCCAGUCAGUAUGGUUCCUGGGUCCGUUGGGAAGAGCAAGAAGGGCAGCUCUUUGUCCUCAUCCUCAUCUUCAGCCGAACAAAGGACAGGACGCCCUCUGAUCCCUAAAAGUCACUCAGGCCGCAGGGGAGCACCCCAGCUCCAGUUCACCCCCCAGGGGCUCGGCACCACCAAAGACCCAGAGAUCCAGCUGCUGCAGAUGGAGCAUGAGGAACUCAGGGGCCAGCUGGGAUGUCUCCGGGUCAAUCCCCUUCGCUUCGUGGGCCCGCCAGAGAGUCUGGAAACUAGAGGACGUGCACUCAGGGACCUGGCCCAAAGAGAGUGGGCUGAGCCCUAUGAGGAAGGGCUGGUUGGGCAGAAGCCUGCUGACGUGGAACAGCUGCUCAAACAGUCGCAGAGGGAGCUGCUUUGGCUACAGAGGCAGCUGGCCUUCGUCUCUACAGGAAGUCCCACCUACCUCCUGCCUCCUCCGGACCAAUUCAGAAAUGAUCUGUACUUGCAGCCUGCAGUCCCCCAGAAAGCCUUUGGUCAGUUCCGACUUUUAGAAGAGCGGCCACAGACUUCCCCAGCCCAUGUACCUGCUCUGAAUCUAGAUCCUCACCAUUGGAGCCUUGCAGAGCAUGAAUUGAAGGAUGCUGUACAAGGGAAGAGUCGCCUGAGACUUCAGUAUGCUAACCUUUCCCACAAGGCACUGCAGUAUGAGCAGGUAAAAGCAGACUAUGAUCGGCUCAGCCACACCCUCACCAUAGUGACCAAAGAACGUGAUUUGGUUGUGAAGGAGAAACACCAGCUCCAAGCCAAACUGGAGAAUCUAGAGCAGGUCCUAAAGCAUAUGCGAGAGGCCGCGGAACGGCGGCAACAGUUGGAAUUAGAGCAUGAGCAAGCCCUGGCCGUCCUUAACGCGAAGCAGCGGGAAAUUGAACUUCUGCAGAAGGCUCAGGUUGAAGCCAAGAAAGAGCAUGAAGGAGCAGUACAGCUGCUAGAGUCCAAGGUUCGAGAACUGGAAGAGAAAUGUCGGACACAAAGUGAGCAGUUCAACCUCCUGUCUAGGGAGCUGGAGAAGUUUCGACAGCAGGCGGGCAAGAUUGAUCUGUUGAGCGGUAACUCUGUGGUGUCUUUGGAUCUCCCGGGCUCCCCUAACAAGCCUUUCACCCACUUUAUGAAUGGAAUAGCCGCCUCCUUUGGCAAAGGUCAGGACAGUACUUCUGGAAGUCAUUCUGUGAUUGCUGAAUUUAUUCGACCCCGACCACUCUCCAGUGACAAACCUGAACCACUGUCUGUCAAACCUACUUUUCUAUCCAGGUCAAGAUCUGGCGGCCCAGGAUGCAGAUUUGAAUCAGACAUGGAUAAUGAACGGAAUUCCAAUACCUCAAAGCAGAAAUACUCGGGGAAAGUUCAUCUGUGCGUUGCCCGCUACAGUUACAACCCCUUUGAUGGACCAAAUGAAAACCCGGAAGCCGAACUCCCCCUCACAGCAGGAAAAUACCUCUAUGUAUAUGGUGACAUGGAUGAAGAUGGAUUCUAUGAAGGAGAACUACUAGAUGGACAGAGAGGACUGGUCCCUUCCAACUUUGUGGAUUUUGUCCAGGAUAAUGAAUCCCGUUUGUCCAACACACUGGGGAGUGAACAGGAUCAGAAUUUCAUCAACCACUCUGGCGUGGGCUUGGAAGGAGAGAACAUUCUAGAUCUGAAUUCGCCCACCCAGGGAGACUCCAGCAUCAUCAACAAUGGGGCUGGGACGCUGGAUGUGAACAUUGACGAGAUCGGAGAAGACAUUGUGCCUUACCCUAGACGAAUCACCCUUAUCAAACAACUAGCCAAAAGUGUUAUUGUGGGCUGGGACCCCCCGGCUGUGCCACCAGGAUGGGGGACAGUGAUCAGCUACAAUGUCCUUGUUGACAACGAGACCCGCAUGAAUCUCACCCUGGGGAGCAGAACUAAAGCCCUGAUUGAAAAGCUGAACAUCGCAGCCUGCACGUACCGCAUCUCCGUGCAGAGCAUCACGAGCCGGGGGAACUCGGACGAGCUCCAGUGUACCUUGCUCGUGGGCAAGGACGUGAUCGUGGCCCCUUCCCACUUGCGGGUAGACCACAUCACCCAGAUUUCAGCUGAGCUCUCCUGGCUCCCAACCAACAGUAAUUACAGCCACGUCAUCUUUCUCAACGAGAAGGAGUUUGACAUUGUCAAGGCCGCAAGGUAUAAGUAUCAGUUUUUUAACCUGAAGCCCAACAUGGCUUACAAGGUGAAGGUUUUGGCGAAACCCCAUCAGAUGCCGUGGCAGCUUCCUCUGGAGCAAAGAGAAAAGAAAGAGGCCUUUGUGGAGUUUUCUACUUUGCCAGCAGGUCCUCCAGCUCCACCUCAAGAUGUCACCAUUCAAGCCGGGACCACUCCUGCAACCAUCCAGGUCUCCUGGAAACCACCAAUUCUCACGCCCACCGGGAUGUCCAACGGAGCAAAUGUGUCUGGCUAUGGUGUUUAUGCGAAAGGGCAGAGGGUGGCUGAAGUCAUCUUCCCGACAGCUGACAGCACGACAGUGGAGCUGAUACGCAUCCGGAACCUGGAAGCCAAGGAGGUGACCGUGAGAACACUUUCUACUCAAGGUGAAUCCAUGGACUCCUUAAUAGCUGCCAUUCCACCUGACCUACUGGUGCCUCCAACCCCACACCCUCGAACUACUCCCAAACCUAAGCCAUUAGCAAGUGCCGGAGCCCCAGAUACCAAAGACGAACAGUUGGGUCCCCACAUCAAAAUGGAUGAGUCUUGGGAGCAGACUCGCUCAGCUGCCCCCACACACGGACACAUGCUGGAACCUCCAACAUCCAACUUUCCGAGCUCAGCUCCUGGGAGGCGGUCACCCUCACCCAAUCGGAUUCUCCCCCAGCCACAGGGCGCCCCAGUCCCCAACACUGUGGCUAAAGCCAUGGCACGGGAAGCUGCGCAACGGAUGGCCGAAAGCACUCGAUUGGAGAAAAGGAGCCUGUUCGAGGACAGGAGCAGGGCUGGGCACUAUGUGAAUUCUGAUGAGGAAGAAGAAGAUGGCUAUGACUCACCGGACAUCAAAAGGAGAGGAGCUUCAGUGGAUGAUUUUCUGAAGGGCUCUGAGCUCGGCAAGCAGUCCCACUAUGCUCAUGGAGAAGAAUACCACACAGAGAGCAGCCGGGGCUCUGACCUGUCCGACAUUAUGGAAGAGGAUGAGGACGAACUUUAUUCAGAAAUGCAGCUGGAGGACGGGGGCAGGAGGCGGUCCAGUGGAACCCCGCACAAUACGCUCAAGGAGUGCUGUGAAAGUAGGACCACCACCGAUGCAACUUUUUGGGAACAGCCCGAAUUUCCCCCACAGACCCACCACAGUAAAAAACUGUUUAGUAUCCCCGAAGUAGCCGAAGAAGAUGGAGACUAUUCUGAGCUGCUGCAUAAACAAGGUCUAGGGUUGUCCUAUAAGAUGAAAGCCCCAGGGCCCAGAGGGCCUAGGUUCCCCAGGUGUUGCAUCGAAGACAAGGCCCAACAGGCUACCUGGUUCCCUACCAAGCACAGGCUGUCUGGGUUUGCCCACCACUCAGAGGACUCUGCCCCUGAAGAUAAGGGUUACAGAUUUAGCCGGGCCCUCACCCGCAGCCCAGACAGUGGGCUCGACUGUGGGAGUGAGGAAGAGGAGUCUCGCUUUAGCUUCCGAAAUGUUCACGGUCACCCGACUCCUCACGCCGGCCCCCCCUGCUGCCCAGGCCGCAGCCACUGUUCAUGCCGGAGAAGUCCAAGGCCCCUUCUAGCCCGUAGGAAAACCCUGACCCGGCAGAGCAGCAUUGAGGAAGACUUUGGAGAGCAGUUUGCCCCCGGUGAGGUCAUCAGGAACAAUGAGACCACACCUGGCCCUGAGAGGGCUAGCCCCAGGAAGAGUCACUACCGUGAUCCCAUGAAGCCAGAAGACCCUUGCUGUGCCGGGAAGGUCAAGAUGACUGAUAGCAGGGCACCCAUCCUGCUUACAAAAUCAGCUCCCAGAGAUGGAGAAGGUGCUCUGCUUUUAGGGAAUCCAGCGUCUGCCGGACGGACUGAUAGGGUGGAUCACACGGGUCGAAGGUUAUCACAUGGCGGUGCUGGACCUCAGAGGCCCCGGCCAAUGAUGGUCCCUUCCAUUGAAAUUACAAUGGACAGUAACAGUGAAGGCGGUCGGUCUCGGUCAGGUAGUGAGGGAAAUAUUCCCUCUGUAAAAGAAGAAGCUUAUUGUCGCGGCAUGGGUGGACACAGAAUACGGCCUCUGCAUCGUGCUAUGACCCCUGACCUUAGACACGAUGGGUACUGCAGCCGGGAUCGUCUGUCUCCAGACCUAUAUGAAGAGUCUGAAACUGACCCUGGCGCCGAGGACCUUUCUGUCCGAAUAUUUGUCGCUCUCUUUGACUACGAUCCACAUACAAUGUCUCCCAAUCCUGAUGGGGCAGAAGAAGAGUUACCAUUUAAGGAAGGACAGAUCAUUAAGGUUUACGGAGACAAAGAUGCCGAUGGCUUCUACCGUGGGGAAACUUGUGCCCGGCUCGGCCUUAUUCCUUGUAACAUGGUCUCAGAAAUCCAAGCUGAUGAUGAAGAAAUGAUGGACCAGCUUCUUAAACAAGGCUUUCUCCCUCUGAAUACCCCCGUGGAAAAAAUAGUCAACUGUGAUCGUUUCAAAGAGAGCGCUCUCUCUGUACACCGCAGAUCCCGAAAGUCUAAAAGAGAGAGGAACAGACGGAGUGGCAGGCAGCACCCUGUGUCUACAAGAAGAAUGGUGGCUCUGUACGACUAUGACCCAAGAGAGAGCUCUCCUAAUGUCGAUGUAGAGGCAGAACUGACAUUUUGUACAGGAGACAUUAUUACUGUGUUUGGUGAAAUUGAUGAAGAUGGAUUUUACUACGGAGAGCUCAAUGGACAAAAGGGCCUGGUUCCUUCAAACUUUCUGGAAGAAGUGCCUGAUGACGUCGAAGUCUACCUUUCGGAUACACCAUCCCGUUACUCUCAAGAUGCCCCAAUGCGCACCAAGGCUAAAAGGGUUCCUCCUGAGAAUACAGGUACGUCAAGGAGAGCGCCAUCCCCCACAGUCCAUCUUCAUUCUGGGUCACCUCCGUCAUCUAUGGGUUCUGGUAGUCCUGGGAGAGGCAGGGAAAGGGCCUCGAAAAAGAAAAAGGGUCUGCUUUCCAAAGGGAAGAAACUUCUGAGAAAACUGGGUGCAGUGAAGUGACCCAUGCACUUCUGGAAGACUUGUAACGCCUGGCCUGUGUCAUUUCCUUUCAUCCCAAACUAGGGCUUUCAUGACUUACUAAAGUACUUUCUAAAACCAUCUCCUUUUCUUUUUUUCCCCCCCCCUUCCUUUCCGACACCAGUAGGGGAAAAAAAUGCAAUUUUGCACUAUGGUCCACUUUAACCGACUGCAAGAGUAAAGUGGACCCAUUGUUCUUUCCAAGUCAUCGUUGCCAAUCUGCUCUGAUUUUCCAAAGUAUGAUUUGUGGGGGAGGGGGAACCAUUAAACAACAGGUGGAUGAAUAGCUACUGGGGUAGCCCACUCCCCACCUGCAAUAUUUCAUCUUUCUGCAUUUGUUACCUGCCCUUAAAGGGAUGACUUUCAAGUUUCUCCUUUUCCAAAUGCUUGCCUCAUGAUGCGUAAAUGUCACUUCACUAUGGUCUUGAAAUUCCUAGUUUAUUCAGCCUUGAUGUUCUGCCUUAUAAAAUGCACAGUGAUUUGUACUGUCUAGUAAAUAUACAGUGUAUACUUUGUAUGUGUUCUACAUUCAAAUGUCUUCAUUCUCAUUGAAACACGAGUUUGAAAUCGAAUAUCCUGUUAAGUGGUUCCAUAUAAUGUCUGCAAUUUGGGGAAAAAAAGGAACAAGAAAAGUUAUUUCAUUUGAGUUUUAUUUUAGACAUUGGCCUGAGUUCACUGAUUGGGGAAAAAAAAUUCCAGAUACAAACUAGACAGAAAAUUUUCAUGCCCUAUCAGUCAUUCAAAAAUAAAAUUUAAACACUUUGUAAAACCUACUUUGGCCUACUCUCCUCCAUGUAAUGUCUGAAUCCUUGAACCUGCUGGGGGAAAAAAAAAAAAAGCAUUUUUGCCCCUUCCGUGUUCUUUUAUAGCUGUGCAAGUUUCAGUUCAGUCAUUUUUCAUUUUAUUGAUGUCAGCGUGAAAUACACGGAAACGGGCUCAUCAGUGACGUGUCACGAGUGCACAUGUGUCCAAAACGCUAUACCAGGCACCAAGGGCACAAGGAAGGCAUCCUAAAAUCCUGAGCCCCACCUGCUUCCAUGCCCAUUUUUCAGUAUUGGCAUCUGCUGAACAAAAGCGGUCUUACCAGUUGCUGACCAAUCUAUUUGGCAGUAACUCUUUUGUAACUCUUAUCCCCUUGAAAAUUGUUUUUACUGUUUAUACAUACUUUUCAGACUGCCUUUCUUUUGUAACUUAUGAAAGGUUUAUAAUGAUCAAAGCUUCCCCCCAUUGUGUCUUCAAAGAACUCGACUGUAAAUUAUUGUAAAAAAAAAAAAAAGCAAUUAUUUGUGUGUGCUAGAUGUAUGAAAUUCAAGACAACUACUGGCCUAAACUUGUGGUUAAAUAUUGUGUGGGUGUGUGCAUGUGUACAGUUCAUGUAAAAUAUUUUAUGUAAAUAAAAUAUUUGAUAUUUUAUAGAA